AUGCACCUGCGGUCUCUCCUCGGGGCCCUCGCCCUCCCAAUCGUUGCCCUCGCAGAUAUCACGACAGAUAUAUUCUACUGGCCAGUACAUGAUGCGCAACCGACCGUCCUUGCGCGUGUCUCCUACGACCCGGCGACAUUGAAGUCCGACUUGCUAUCCUACCACCCUCCCUCCACCACCGACUCCGAUGACCUUCUUCGAAUUGGUCUCUACACUUCUACAUCCGAAAAUCCUAAGCUAUGGUCUGGAAGCCUUGUGUCGCGGUCCGCCUUGUCUAGUGAUGCCCAUCAACCUCAGCUUCGUCUCCAUCUUGGUCCAACUCACGAGGUCUUCCACGUCUCGCUGGGUGCCACCCCAGCAACCUCUUCUGCAUCACCUGAACACACGGACCUGAAAGUGCAACUCAUAUCGAGUGCGCCUGGCCCGCAGCCUCACCUGAACCGACCGGUGGUCAUUGGCCCCGAUGGACAAAAUCCGGAAGAGGUGCCGGAGAAGACCUUGCUCCAAAAGUAUUGGUGGGUGCUUCUAAUUGUUAUGUUCUUGACCAUGUCCGGGGGCGGGGAAGGACAAUGA